CUCUGGCUCGCGGCAGUAAACAUGGCGAAUGGCUAAAAGUCGUUGGGAUCACUUGGCCGUAAAUGUUUGAAUUAUAGUUUUAUUUUGGAUAUAUAAACUAGUCUGUGCACAGGGGAUUCCCUGUGGCUCUGCACAGGACUCUGUGCGAUUAUAUCUCCGUCUGCUGAAAGGACGAAAAUAAACCGACACAAUGGGGCGACGUUCAACCUCUUCCACCAAGAGUGGGAAGUUCAUGAACCCCACGGACCAGGCCAGAAAAGAGGCCAGGAAACGGGAGCUGAAGAAGAACAAGAAGCAGAGGAUGAUGGUGAGGGCAGCGGUGCUGAAGAUGAAAGACCCCAGACAGAUCAUUCGAGACAUGGAGAAGCUGGACGAGAUGGAAUUUAACCCGGUGCAGCAGCCUCUUCUGAACGAGAAGGUUUUGAGGGACAAGAGGAAGAAGCUGCGUGAGACGUUUGAGCGAAUCGUGCGUCUCUACGAGAGGGAGAACCCGGAGAUGUACAAGGAGCUGCGCAAACUGGAGCUGGACUACGAGAGCAAGCGCGGACAACUGGCCCUCUACUUCGACUCUGUCAAGAACGCAGAAUCGGUGGAGGUGGACAGUAUUCCUUUGCCGGACAUGCCCCACGCUCCAUCCAACAUCAUGGUCCAGGACAUCCCACUGCCCGGAGCGCAGCCACCGUCUAUUCUGAAGAAGACCUCUGCUUUUGGGAAGCCCCCCAUGAUGCCUCCUCUGCCCAGCAUCCCACGUCUGCCUCCAGGAAAAAAGCCCCCGGGCCCCCCUCCCGGACCCCCUCCACCUCAGAUCCUCGCUCUGUACGGCAUACCAGCUCGCCGCAUCUACGGUCCAGACGCAGACUUGCCUAUCCCCGGGUUGGACAGAGACAGAGACAGGGAGAGGGACAGGGACAGGGACAUGGACCGGGACAGGGAUCGGGACAGUGGCAGUGACAGUGACCGAGGCAGCGGCAGCGACUCCGGGGAGGACAGUGAGGACGACCUGGACAAAGCUGGAGACGAGCGGAGGACGGAGGAGGACACAGGAGGGGACAGACAUGCUGGACGUAGGAUCCGUUUCGCAGACAUGCCUCCAGACGCCUCGCAAGAAGGAAAGCAGAAGAAGAAACGGUUGGUGAAGAAGACCAAGGCCAUCACUCCUCUGCAGGCCAUGAUGUUGAGGAUGGCAGGUCAGUCCAUCCCCGAGGAGGACGAGGAGGAGGAGGUGGAGGAAGAGUACACGGACGACUCUGAAGGCUCGGACGCAGAGGACAGAGGACCUCCAGGGGACGUCCAGGCUCAGCUCAUGUCCCAGAGACUCCCUCCUCCGGGGGGACAGCCUCCGCACAUGCAGGGCCCACCCAUGACCGGGCCCCCGCCUCUGGGACCACCUCCAGCUCCCCCCAUGAGACCCCCCGGACCUCCAUCCGGGCCUCCUCCAGGACCACCUCCAGGCGCUCCUCCCUUCAUGAGGCCUCCUGGCAUGCCCGCUGGUAUGAGAGGUCCAGUGCCCCGUAUGCUGCCCCCGGGACCUCCUCCAGGCCGACCCCCGGGCCCCCCUCCCGGCCCUCCUCCAGGUCUGCCUCCAGGCCCCCCACCGCGAGGACCCCCGCCCAGACUGCCACCUCCAGCACCGCCGGGGAUGCCCCCUCCUCCUCCUCGUGCGGGCGGCCCCCAGCGCCCCAUGGCCCCUCCCAUGUCCAUGUUCCCCCCUCCCCUCAACGCCAACGUCCUGAGCGCCCCUCCCAGCAUCGUGCCGCGGCAGAAGGCGCCGGGCUCCGCGGGCCAGGACGUGCCGCAGACCUCCAUGCCCCCUCCCCCCUCCAUGCCCAUGCGUCCGGGCGGGAUGCAGAUGCCCCCUCCCCCUGGCACCGCCGGGGCCACCAUCGAGAAACGCGCCAACAUCACCGCGGCUGCAGGGGGCGCCGCCGCCACCAUCUCCGCCAAGCCCCAGAUCAUCAACCCCAAAGCGGAGGUCACCCGCUUCGUGCCCACGGCGCUGAGGGUGCGCAGGGACAAGAUGGGGCCCGGUGCGGGGUCGGCGGAUAAGGGGUUAGGAGGGAUGGGAGUGCGGCGGGAGGAGCUGAUGGUGGGCGGGCACGGGCACGGGCAUGGGCACGGGCACGGGCACAAACACCACGCCCCCGCCGCCUCCAUGGUGCACCCGUCACAGAUGGGUGCCGUGGCUCAACCCAACAUGAAGACCAAGGACCAGGUGUACGAAGCCUUCAUGAGAGAGAUGGAGGGACUGCUCUGAAAACACAAAAAACACAAAUGGUUCUACAUGAGUUUGGUUCAAAAGUGUGUAUGACUGUUAAAGAAACACUGUGUGACAUUGGCUUUAGUUUAGUUUGGAUUAUGUCGUAGAUAUAGAACUGUAGAUCUCAUGUUCAGCCUCUUGGUGUUAAUACCGCCGCCAUCUUGGUACAGGGGUUCUGUCGUCCAAGGUAAGGUUUUUCACAGUAUCAGCGAGCGAAGAUGCCGGGUACGAACAUGUGAAUGAGCGAAAUAAGAAGACGAAAGAGCAAAGCAAAACAUUUCAUAGGUAUUUUUAUUUAUCAUUUUAUUUUGUAGGCCUAUGAUAAUGUGUUUUGAACCCAGACUGACUGAACCCAGGUCUAAACCAGGCCUAAACCAGGCCUAAAACAGGCCUAAAACAGGCCUAAAACAAGUCUAAACUAGAGCUGAACCAGGACUGAACCAGGACUUAACCAGGACUGAACCAGAGUUAAACCAGAGUUAAACCAGAGUUAAACCAGAGUUAAACCAGAGUUAAACCAGAGUUAAACCAGAGUUAAACCAGAGUUAAACCCGCUCUGAACCCGCUCUAAACCAGGACUAAACCAGGACUAAACCAGAACUGAACCGGGUCUAAAACAGGUCUAAAAUCAGGUCUAAAACCAGGUCUAAUCUCAGUCUAAUGAGCGCCACACAAUGCUACUUUGUCUGAUAUCGCCUUGUUUUGAAACCAGACUGACUGAACCCAGGACUGAACCCAGGACUGAACCCAGGACUGAACCCAGGACUGAACCCAGGACUGAACCCAGGACUAAAACCAGGACUAAAACCAGGACUAAAACCAGGACUGAACGCUGUCUAAUGGGUACCACACAAUGCCACUUGGUCUGAUAUUGCCUUGUUUUGAAACCAGGUCUAAAACCAGGUCUUGAACCAGGUCUAAAUCAGGUCUGAACCAGGUCUAAUGUGAACCACGCGAUACUACUUGGUCUGACAUCGCCUGUACCAAGACGACGGUUUUGUUGACACAUUCGUUCCAAUAAACAGCCUUAGUCAAUGUGAGACCUACCGCUCUAUAUCUGUACUUUUACCUACUUUAGGUGACUACGGCCAGAGUAGUAGUUGUAAAGAAAUUCUCGGCCCACUGAAGACAUGUCCUGCUUGUCACCAUGACGAUCUUGGUGCUUUGCCCGGAAUGUUCUAUAUCAUUAAACUUUACCUCUCAUGUAUUCAGUUGCAGCUGUUUUCAUUGCUUUCAAAACACCUUGAAAAACAAAACAUGCGAUGGACUCUUACUGUGAAAACAUAAUGCCAUACCGUGGAACAUUCUAGGCACAGCAAUGACAUCUCCAUGGAAACAAGAAGAUUUACAGUAUAAAGGUUACAUACAUUACGUUGAUUUAAUUAUGUGUCCAAAAGUUUUGAGUCUAGAACACCCGAUUUUGACGAACCAAGAUUGAAUUUCUCUUGAUUCACUCUUAAAUUUCACAGAGGUCGUACUUCCUGUGUAAAAGUGAACAUUUAAGUUUAAAGUUUAUGAAGUAAAGCGACUAUUUACAAUUUUUUUUCUGCCGUACCUUUAAAAGUUAUACACAGGCAGAAGAAAACUAACACGUAACAGUAUCCUGCACUAACUGUAGGAUCUGAUCCAUCUUUAUGCUCCUCCGAACCUGGUUUUUCAUGUGAUUUUUUUGUAUAAUUGUAUUUCGUUUCGUUCGUUUAUUUUAUUUUAAUUGUAGUCCCUGCACCUUCAAACAUGCUGUAGGUGUGGGAUGAUUGUCGAGCCUCGGCAAAGAAGGCGUAGGUGUACACUUCUGCAAAUGUUAGAUCUGCUGCCCAAUAAAUGCUCAUUUUGUUUUUAA